CAACGUAAUCAAAGGCGUCGUCGCAGUUUUAUGACAGCCUUGUUUUGGCGUGAAGAUGGCUGAACGUGAAGCGCUAAAGAGAGAAAUAGAGGAGCUACAAAACCUCAUUAAUGACUAUAAAAGUACUCACGGUGACAUUCCCUCAAGCUCUGCCCAGUGGGAUAAUGGCAGGCAUGGUUCAAGGAGGGGCCAGAGUCAGGGUCAUGCCUCACAUUACACACAGUCAUGUUCAUCAAUGCCACAGCCGUAUGUGCCUCGUUCUUCUGGCAGCUGGAGGAAAACAUACUCCCUCAACAACAAGACAAACAGGGCUGUUGGGAGUCAGGAGUGUCAACCAGCUCUGGACCACCUGAAUCAGCAUCCUCAAUGCACUGCUACAUCUGGAGCCACUGCUACUGGGGAUGAUGUUGGACUUGUUGGGAAUAACAGUGUUUCAUUUAAAAAGUUGACAACUGAACAAACAAAAAGUAUAUCUUCGACAUAUUCAGGGAUUUCAAAUGUCCAAAGUGAAACUUCAAAAGAGAGGAAAAGUGACGCCAGUGCGAAAAGGACUGUGCUUAUAUCUGCAACAGGAAAAACCAAUCAUGGCUGUCCAUCUACCAAUGAACUAACUGACUCUACUUCAUCAUCAGUUCCUGAAAGGAAGAUAAAACCCACUUUGAAAUCAUCCUCAGCUGUGAAGAGUCCCUCUAUCCCUUCAACUGUUAAACUUCCAGCUCAACUUCAAGUCAAACCACACCUCCCCACUGCUGCCAUAUCCAAUAGGACUGUCGUAUUGCCAUCAGCUAAUAAAGAUUUGUCUAUGGCUUCUUCUACUUCUAACCUUCAGUCUCAGGCUACCCUGAGUCCCACAAAGUUACAGCUUAAGCCAGACUCAACUCAGAAAUGUAUAGCAUCGCCAUGCCAUAAGAGAUCUCGUUUUACUUGGGUGAAAAACCAAGAAAUGGUAAACAUAAAAAGUACACCUAGGCCAGUGAAUUCUCUCUCCCCAGCCCCUGAAUCCUCUCCUGGGACAGCCACUGUCAGAAGAGUCUCCAGUUCGAACAAGAGGGUGUCUCGCAAGCCUCUGUCUCUUUCCCUUGGAGCUCCUAAGACCUCAAAGUACACAUGGGUGUCUUCAUCUUGUUCCUUGUCAACAGCUGGAAAAGCAAACACCUCAACGAAAAUGCUACGCAAGCCUCUUUCGCCCAAAUCUCUUAAAAUCCCUGUUAGAACCUCUCAAGGUGGACUGGAGGGACACAAAAAAGAAAAGAGAUACGGCACAACCUCGACAAAUUCAUCCAAAAAAUCUAGAGCUAGUGCUACCACAUCCCAUGCUCCACAUACUAGUCGCUAUCGCUGGAAGGCGGCUGGACAAAAUGCGACAGCAAAUGUGUCUAGCUCAACUUCUAGGACAACCCAUAAGAGCACAGUGUAUCGAUGGACCUCUAAUAAGAAUGCUCAAAAGGGGGAAAAAGGAUCUGCUGUGUCCUCAAGCUCAGCCCGAAUUUACCCCACUACCACUCUACUGUCACCUGGUGCCUUCAAGCUCAGGAGCCAAACCAAGAUCAUCAGAAAAUCUGUUAGCAAUCCCUCUUUAGAGAGAAGAUACAGCCCUAUUGUGCAGACUAUCAGGAGCCGAUAUUCUUUGUGGAGACGGACACAUGCUCAGGUGAAGUCUCCAACCAAUGCCAGACGAGCACAGCCCAAAGUUCUGGUUUCAUUUGGCAGACACAAGCUCCGCCGCCUUUCUCUCACCGCCACCUCAUUAGGGACCUCCAGAUCAGGCCCCACCUCUUCACCAGUGCGAAGCCCGGCAUCACAUCGGGGCAUCAAAACACGCUACAAGAUCGACACACGCAAAGCGCAUACCAUCCAAUCCUUCAGGGUCAAGAGAGUACAUUCUGCCAGAAUCGUCCUGCAGAAUCGGCUAAGGACUAGUCCAGAAAGGCAAUGGAGGGGGCGGAGCAUGAGGUGGAUAGGCGGAGCCUUAUACAGAGUCUCAGCCAAUAAGCUCUCUCGCACUCAAACCACCUCCACACCUAACAGUAGACCAGGAGAGUGGUACAAUCCAUAUGUUUCCUCAACUAGUAAUCAGGGAAGAACAUCAGCCACACGUUACGUAGCCAGUCGUGCUGUGCAGAGGAGUUUAGCUAUAAUACGACAGGCCAGACAGAAGAAACAGAAGGCCAAGCAGUACUGUAUGUACUAUAACCGAUUCGGCAAGUGUAACCAUGGUGACACUUGCCCCUACAUCCACGACCCUGACAAAGUAGCCGUCUGCACCAGGUUUCUCCGAGGCACAUGUAAGCGGACUGAUGGGACUUGUCCUUUCUCGCAUAAAGUAGCCAAGGAGAAGAUGCCUGUGUGCUCAUACUUUCUGAAGGGGAUCUGUAAUAACAGUAGCUGUCCAUACAGCCAUGUCUAUGUCUCACGCAAAGCCGAUGUGUGCAAAGACUUCGUCCGAGGCUACUGCCCGCAGGGAGAUAAGUGUAAGAAGAAACACACGCUGGUGUGUCCUGACUUCUCCAGCACCGGUGUGUGUCCACGUGGAUCCAAAUGCAAGCUGCACCACAGACAGAGUGUGAAACGCACUGGCUCUAAUGCAAGCUUUGGACCGGCUAAGAAAGCCCGCACCAGAGACAUUAUAAAGAGUACGGAGGAAGUUACAGAGUCCAUACAGGCAGAUGAGGGCUCAUCCUCGUCGGGUCCUGAGAAGCUGCCCUCCUUCAUAUCUUUGUCCAGCUCUCCUGACAUGUCAGAGAACCCUGAUUCCCCAAAGAUCCCUCCUGCGGCAGGCUUACAGGCCAAAGGAAAGACACUGCAUAUCAAGCCACGGUUCUUGUCUUCAACACCAACAGAACCCUCGCCAAAGGAGGGCUAAUGGUGGGUGUUUUAAUCAGUAAUGAAUAAUUCAACUUUUUUUUUUAACUUAACUUUUUUAUUUUAGAAAUAAGAAAUUGACUCCGCCUCUCUUGAACAGUUUACAAAAACCUCUGUACAUUAGACGUUCACAGCUAUUUUUUGGUAUCAAAUCAUCGUUUCAAGAAUUCCAAGAAUUGAUUAUAUAGAUUUCUUGGAAUAUGUGCGUAACUAUUCACAAUUACAGAAUAUAUUCAUUCUAAUCAAAUACUGUUCUGCAAAAAACUGGGUUUUUUUGCUGACGUUUACAUUCGAAGAGAAUGGAGUUAGUUUCGAAGUGUAAAGUUAUUCUCAGGGGCUUUUAAAACGGCGUUUAUGAAGUGGUUUGUUGUGCAAAGAAUUAGUUUUAUCAUUUAGAAUGUAAGCUUGUGAAAAUGUAUUUUCAAAGAAUGGAAAACUACUUAAUAAAAUUGCUUUGUGAUUCCUGCGAA